GUAGCGCUGUAGUCGCAGUGUUUACGGUUGUGUCGGUUGUUUAACUUAUGCGGCAGCAGUCGAUAUUUACUUUUACGUUCGAAACGAAGUGUCAGUGGUCAUCAGUGCAGUGUUUUGAGUUCUUUAUACUUAAUUAAGUUGUAUUUGAGAAUAGUGAACAACCAAGAUGAUUCCCCAACGUUUACCUCCAGCACCUGAAAAUCCCUUGGGACUUUCCUGGCACGACAGCGCUUGGAUUCCCAUACUUAAUCCAAACAACAUCAUGGAAUAUUUUUCUGAAAGAUCGAAUCCAUUCUACGACAGAACUUGCAACAAUGAAAACAUUAAAAUGCAAAGGCUUAAUCCGGACCAACUAUCAAAUAUGGUUGGUCUGGAGUACAUACUCUUGCAUGUGCAGGAGCCAAUUUUAUACGUGAUACGCAAGCAACACAGGCAUGGUCCUGGUCCUACUCAAGCAACACCGAUAGCUGAUUACUACAUAAUUGCAGGAAUUGUUUAUCAAGCACCUGACUUAGCAUCCGUAGUGAAUUCCAGACUGUUGACUACCGUUAAUCAUUUGCAAUCUGCCUUUGAAGAAGCUAGUGCAUGCUCUAGGUAUCAUCCUAACAAAGGAUACUCGUGGGACUUUAAAAAUGGCAAGACUGCAGCCACCAAAAAAGAAACUCCCAUCAGAGAAGAACCUAGCACGCUUUUCCAGCGGCAAAGAGUUGAUCAACUUUUGUACCAGUUAGUCAAGAAAUUUCCACAACCAACUCCCAAGUUUCAUCAAGCUGCCAUUGAGCCUGCCACACAAAUUAAGCAAGAACCCCAGACAGAUAAAAAAGAUAUGAGGCCACCACCGGAGAAGAAGCCGAGGAUAAAUUAGACUAAGACUCGUCAUUUUUAGUUGAAUUAAUAUUUGAAUGUUGUCUAAGUGUAAAAUAGAUUUAUGACAGGGAUGCCAAGUGAUUGUA